UUCCACCUCUGAUCCAACAAUAACUGAUUUCCAUGAAAAUUCCCUCAAUUGGGUUUUUGAUUUGAGACUAUUUGGUUCUAGAAAGUAGAAAAUGAGGGAAGAUGACUCCAAUUGGUUUUCAAAGUGGGAACAGGAGCUGCCAUCGCCGGAAGACCUUAUGCCCAUAACUCAAACCCUAAUUACACCUGAUCUGGCCAUCGCUUUCGAUAUCCGAAGCCCACAUACGCACCAUCCUCCUUCGCUUCAUCACCACCAACAACAACCGCCACCGAUUUCGACGCCUUCCUCUCAACCCAAUUCAGGGGAAUUCGAUUCGCCUGAGCUGGGUGGCGGUGGAGCCGGCGAUGAGCCAGCUCGCACCCUCAAACGCCCACGGCUCGUGUGGACCCCGCAGCUUCACAAGAGAUUUGUGGAUGCUGUGGCCCACUUGGGGAUCAAGAACGCCGUACCUAAGACCAUAAUGCAGCUUAUGAGUGUAGACGGGUUGACUCGCGAGAACGUCGCUAGCCAUCUACAAAAAUACAGGCUUUACUUGAAACGUAUGCAGGGUCUUUCUUCCGGCAGUGGUGGAAACGGCUCCGGUGGAGACCCUGCCACCGAUCAUUUGUUCGCGAGUUCUCCGGUGCCGGCUCAUUUUCUUCAUCAGGGUCGACCCAAUUCUGAACACUACUUGCCCUACGUCCCUGUUGCUGCACUGCAACAGCAGCAGCAGAUGGCGGCUGCUGCUGCCGCCGGACAUCAUCCUCAAUUGCAGCCACGAUAUGGGCAUGUGGGUCAUUUUGGGUCGCCGCGAAAUGGGCAGUUUGAGCAUCCAUUUCUGAAUAGACAAUCACAGCAACCCAUUCAUAGGGUAGGGACUCCAAUUCAUAAUUCUGUGCCAUCAUCUUAUGUGGAUGAUCUGGAAUCAGCAAAUGGUAGAAAAGUUCUGACUUUGUUUCCAACUGGAGAUGAUUGAUUGACUCUGGAAAUUGGGUGGUAGGAGAGUUUAAUCGAGAAAUUGUUGAAUUGAGUCGGGCGUUGUUGAUGAUAGGGGUGAUGGUGAAGGCAAAAAAGGCGAAUGGUGAUUGAUAUGUUGAGAGCUCGAACAUGAGGACUAACAGCGAAGAGGAUCACUACAAAAACUGAGCUUGUAUAAUGGCGAAUCUCAUACUGGAUUGCUUGGUAAAUUAUGUUUCUAUUCUGUAAGCCUUCUACUUCUUUUCAUUAUCUAGUUUAGCUGUGUAGAGAUCAGUUCUGCUUUGUUGUAAAUUAUGGGUUUCUGAUAAAUUUCGAAACUUGUUAUAAUUGCGGAUCU